AAGAUUAUGACAAUAAUUGAAGCGACAUUAGAAAAAUAAAAUUCCAGACAAAUUAUCUUUUUGAAGACUAGGCAGCAUGGUCUCCGACCUUAGCCUGUUCCAAACGGAACAAACGUACUAAAAAAAAAAAAAAACCUGCACGCCAUUGUAUUCGCGCAAGUCAUUUUUUCUCACGUUGAAAAUAUAAUUUUAAACACCAAAACAAUUCGUUCAACCGCCAAAAUAGCUUUCUGUGAUCAAAAUGAGUGUACCCGGGGGCGGUAUACCGGAAGAUAAAUUGCCACAGUGCUGGUCUGAUGAUGUCCGUAUGAACGCUUUAUUCGCUCCUUUCCGAAUUAAAACAGCUAAUCCAGAGUCUUGGGACAUGAAAAUGAAAUUUUGGUCUGAUAUGUUAAGGCAGUGGUGUCGUUGUAAAAAAGAUCCAAUACUGUCUGCAGCGGACGCGAAGUUCGCGUUUCAAAGAAAAGGGCGCACUUGCGCUUGUAUGGAUCUAGUAGUGGAAGAGAUCUACCGAAAUGGUGAUCUGUCCCCCAUAUCCAAAUAUCCACAAAUCCUGCACAAUGGACCAGAAGGCUGGGUGCGGUGGGGCGCCCGGCUGGCAUUCAAGCCGGCUGCAAUAGCAAUCACAGCAGUGACCUCACUGCUUCCAGCUCGACAGGCAUUAGACAGUGAUGGACUACCUAAAGCUAGUAUUGAUUCCACACAACGAUUUGUUCUCGAAAGUGCCGUGAAGGAGCAAGCCACAGAGUUCCUACAGAAUUACCCUGCUGAUGCCGAACACAUUGGUACAAUUGAGGAGCUCAUGCGUAACUCCGGCUUCCAACAAAGCAGGGAGACCUUCGAGAUACUUUUAGGGUACUUGGUCUCGCAGGGAACCGCUGUCAAGAAGGAUGAUGUCGUUAAAAUAGCGGAGCCCCACAAGAAGGCGCAGCCCGUGACGGAGACGGACGAGGCGCUGGUGAAGCUGACGAGCGCGGAGACUCGGCUGUCGGCCGACGCCACGAGGCUCGCCAGGGAGGUGGCCGCCGCCACCGCCCAAGCGGCGGCGUCUCUCCAGCUCGGAGACAGGCUCGCGGCUAAAAGUCACCUCCGUCGCAAACACAAUAUCCAACAGCGCUUGACGCGCUGCGAGGGAGCGCUUGACAAUGUGAGACAGCUGCUGCAGCAGCUUAAAGAAGUGGACGUCAAUGCUGCCAUUGUUGAUACAUACAGAACAAGCUCUCAAGCAAUGAAGCGCGGGAUGAAAGAUGGCGGUCUGGAGGAAGACGCUGUCCACGACACGUUAGACGAUCUGAAGGAGGUGAUGGACACGUACAACGAAGUGGAGAAGGCGCUCGGCACCACCUUGGACGACUUCGACGCCGCCGAGCUAGAGCUGGAGCUAAAGGAACUACUCGACACGAACACGGGCGCCAGCGGUGGCACUCCCGCGAAGCCACAGAAAGAAGCUCCCAAGGUGCCGCAGCGUACCCAGCCGCGGAAAGUAUCAGAACGCGACUUCGUGUUCGACGGAGAGGAGCGCAUCCUGGCCGAGCUGAACGAGCUCGACGUGGAGGACUCCAGCCCGAGGGGCAAGACCAAGCCGGCCAAGGUGGCCGUCGCGGACUGGGCGCCCUCUGCAGCGAAGGAGGCAAAGCCAGCGCAACGUAAGGAGAAGCCGAGUAAACCAUGGUACCCGGCGGACGGAUGGGGCAACAACAACGGGGACUACGCGGAGCUCCGUCAGGACGACCGGCUGCACCCCGGCCAACCCCUGAACGUGGACUUCACGACUCCGCCGCGGCUCUACAACAUGGACUUCCAGGUGCGCGACCACAAGGUGGACGGUGGCGUCUGGUUGUACAACAGCAAGGACAGUAACAGCAACACGGAGCUCGCCGGCACCGAGUACUUUAGCUCGGAGAGUCCAGGCAAGACGGGUGGUAACUUCCAGAUGGCACCAGGCGGUGAGAGGAAAAAGCAGCCAGUCUCCUGGCCCGGGGAAGAGGCGACGGUCGAAGAUCUGGAGAGGCGACUGAAGAAUCUACGAGGUUUUAAUUUACAAUGAUAAGGUAGCUUUAAGUUCGAACAUGAAUCUAUGUAGAACAUUAUAGUUCCGUUAUAGCACGGCGCGGUUGACAGGUCAUCAUCAUCAGCCUUUAACUGUCCACUGCUGAAGCCUCUCCCUGGCGGAUUUUACCAGUAAUUGUCUUGACAGGCGGAUUGGCAACCGCAGUUAGACUUUGGAGAUGUUUUAAGAGGAACGCUGCCCAUCCCUCGCCCUCCCUCAGUCGCCUAUUACGACGCCCACGGGAAAGGAAGGGCUGGCCUAUUCUAUGCCGGGACCAUACGGCAAAACGUUAAAACAAUAGAAGAAAUUGUUAAAAUAACUUACAGUAGGUUACAGAGUCCAUCUGUGUAAGUACCUCUGUCCUCUGUACCACUUGUGUUUCUGCCGUGAAGCAGCUGUCCUGGCACGAUUUUUACGGUUUGAAAAGUGGGAUAUACCUGAGAAAUUCCAGAGUACAGAGACCUCAGGUCUCCAUAGUCCUCAUGAAUAGUAACGCAUGAAGAGUCCCAUGGGCGUCAUGGUGAUCUGUAAUAUACAUGGCAGUGUUCAUGUCUAUAAGCGAUAGUUGCCAUUUUCAGGGGGAGGAGUGGAGGAUUGUUAGUAACAGAUGUUGGUGAACCUAAUACUACCAAUAUCAAGUCGGCUCCCACUCGUUCCCUCUGGAAACCAUCGUGGUUAACACUUCUUUGCAUAAUGGUGGAAUAUUCCAUCAUAACAUUGAAUGCCCAAAAAUUAUAUAAAAGACCAAGUUCACUUUAAGUUGAUCGUGUCUGGAUACCUUUUUAAUGUCCAUUGCAGAAACAAAACAUAGCUGUCAAAUUUAUUUGUUUAACCAUUUUUACUUUAAUUUUGAACAUGAAUUAUAUCACCUUGAUUUAUUUCACCAAUAAAAAAGUCAUGCGAAGAAGGGUUAAUUCCUAAAGAAUUAGAUACGAUAGGCUAACUGACUGGACUGCAACAUCUUAUUCCAUAAUCACUCACUGGUGCCCCGCCAGCGUAUACCGAUAGCGCAGGCGGGGUCACCAUACCAUUAUACCAUCAUACAUUAAAAAAAAUGGCAUCAUUUUUUGCUACCACCACUAUUUUACAUUUAAGCAAAACAUUUGGUACUAACAAAUUAUAUCAAUUACUGUUAAUAAAUUGAUUUUAACUAAAAAAAUUUCAUACAAUACAGUUUACAUUAAAAAACUGUCGAAAUUAAGAGUGGAUUAUAGCUGUAUCUAUUUUUUUUUUAUACAACUUAGAAUGGCAAACAAGUUGACGGCCCACCUGAUGGAAAGUGGUAACCGUCGCCUAUAGACAUGAGCAGUACCGUGGACAUAACAUAGUAUACUGUUUCACCCAUGAUACCCCCCAUGCGUUGCCAUUCCUGAGGACUCAGGUGUUAUUCCUCUGUACACAGUAAAUUCACGCCAUAUCCCGCCCUUCAAACCGAAACACAGCCAUGCAAACACAACUGCUUCAUGGUAGAAACACGAAUGGGACAGAGGUACCAAAGCAAUCGACUUUUGUAAAAAGUCUCCCUCUGGUAAAUGUGUAUAUUGUUCUUACAAUAUCUAUCUAUAUAUUGUCCCAAUAACGUAUAUAUUAACUAUCGGUUAUCCAAUAUAUAAUAUCGAGACGAAGAGCCCGCUCGUAAUGAAUAUAGAUGUCCGACUGGUAUGGGCGAUAUCGCUAUAGGUGGGCAUCAAUGUCUACAGAACUCGAUAUAUAGAUAUCGGAAAUUACUAUACUUUACAUAACCUUCAAGAAAAGAGUAUAUUCCUUUUUAAAAGGCCGGCAGCACACCUGCAAUGCCGUUAGUGUUGUGGGUGAUCAUGGGCGGCGGUAGUCACUUACCAUCAGGUGAGACGCAUGCUCGUUUGCCCCGUGUGUUGUAAAAAAAAAUACUAGUCGAAAUGUUACCUGUCAUACCGCGUUGUGUUAAAACGUGCAAUGUAUAAAGUCUUUGUUGAUAUUGUAAUUAUGUCUUAUUGUUUUUUCUUUUCUUUUUAUAUAUAUUUAUAACGCCUAGAUCUAGUACUUUAGUGAAAUUUUAAUGGAUAAAGGUGGACGGUAACCCCGCCUGCACUAUCGAUUUACGCUGGCGGGGCACUAGUGUGACAUAAUAGGCGUGGCUGAGUGGAUGACGUGUGACGAACCAUUCUCAGGCGAUGUUAUGGUGCGUGGUAACCAAAUAAAUGACAUCGCCUGAAAGUGACACAAUGUGGGGGAAAUUUUAGUUGUAAAAUAAUGAUUUUAAUGUAAAAUUAAUACUGCCUUCAAUGUGAGCCAUUCUCAGGCGAUGUUAUAGUACGUAAUAUGCAAAUAAACAAUAUCGCCUGAAAAUGACUCGGUGCAGGCCAAAUUUUAGUCAUGAAAUAUUAUUAUUUUAAUGUAAAAUAUAUACUGCCUGAACGUGAGCCACUCUAAGGCGAUGUAUGGUACGUGGUAUGCAAAUAAAUUACAUCGCCUGAAAGUGACUCAGUGCAGGCGAAAUUUUUAUUAUUAAAUUUUUAUAUAUUUUUAAUGUAAAAUUACAACCGUCUGAAGGUGAGCCAUUUUCGUACGAUGUAUGGUACGUGAUAUCAAAAUAAAUUACAUCGCCUAAAAUGAACUUGGUACAGGCGAAAUUUUGGUCAUUAAAAUACCAGAAUAAUUUUAUUGUAACAUAAAUCCGCCUGUACGUGAUCCAUUUCCAUACAGUGUUGCAUCGUCUGAAAGUGACUCUGUGCAGGCAAUGUUUUAGUUACUAAAAGUCAUUAAUCAUAGGAUAUAAUAGCAUAGUUUUUGCUUGUGAUUUUGCUUGAUUUUUUUUUUUCUUUUUAUUUACAUUUGAUAUACAUAUAUUUCCACUAACAUUUGCGAUACUCCCGCGCAAAUGGCAAACACAAGCCGUCUUACUUGUUCUUAUUGUUUUAAUUGCUUCAUCCCUUUUUAAUUAUUUUAUAAUAGAAACUAUUCUGAGGCGCUAUUUCUCUAAAAUUUACCUCGUAAUUUAAUAUUUUAAUUCGAUCAUCAUAUCUGCCUUUAACUGUCCACUGCUGAGCUUAAGCCUCCCCUAGGAGGGUUAUGCCAGUAGUUACCACGCUUGGCAGGCGGAUUGGCAACCGCAUUUAGGCUUUAAUUGAUUUUUUAUAGUUUAUAAUUAAAUUAAAUUACUAUUUUACGAACUAUUAUGAAUUAAAAUUAAAAACCAAAGUUUGACUUCAAUCUCUUAGCAAAAUUAGUUCAUACUGGUAUGUUCCUUUUGACUGUUUAUCAGGAAUGUGACAGAAUAUAAUUUAAAAGCAAUAUUUAUAAAACAAAUAUAUAGCUGUAAAGGCUGCCAGUACGUCAACAACAAGGAACUAUUCUUAAAAUAAAGAUUUCGUUUUUAUUUAUUUAAUACUUUAUUGUACACAUAAAAAUAUGACAGAAGUAAUCAAAUGUACAAAGGCGGGCUGAACUCUAAUAGAGUUCUCUUCCAGCAACAGCCAAAGUGGAAAGGAGCAUCAAUGUCAGCGGGUAGAGCGGUGUACAAUAUUGGGACAAUUUACAAACAAAAAGAAACAUUUCGUUGUGUGAUAUCAAAUUGGAAUUUUAGAUUUCAACAUAGAUUUAGAGUAAUGGCACCUCAAAUCGACACCAGUGUAGUGAAGUGCCCAUUCUGCUAUCACUGUGCUCGGUACAUUAAUAUUUUUUUAACUUGUAGGCUGUGAAUGUAACAGAUCCUUAAACAAGUGGAUUUUGUUUCCAAAUAAAAACACCGACUUCCUUGCAGCUAGGGGCAUAUCCCAAUCAGCGAUCUAUUUGCCUAAAGAUGCUCCCUUCAGAGCGGGAACACGUGUCGCAAAACGUGCGUGGACUGAAUGGCGGUCGGUGAUUGAUGGAAUGGAAUGUCGUAGAACUUCUAAUAAUAGCAGUCAAUACUCAAACGUUGACAGUCACACGCAUACUAUCAGUUGUGGAUUAAAAAUAAUUAUAAUUGACUAACUAUUAGUUAUUUCGAUUUAGAAACCAAAGUGCUGUAUCGUUUUUUACGAAAUUUCUACGCAACCAAUCUGAAAGUAUGUCCUUUCAGAUGAAAAAAGAAUUUUCCAAAUCGGUUUAUAAAUGACAAGAGGUCUGAUGUAACGAAUGUAAAACAAACAUAAAUAUACGACCGAAUUGAAACCCUCCUCUUAUAUAGUUGUUCCCCCCCCCCCCUAUAUUUAGUAAAUUUAAUUUCUCCUACUAAUUCAAUAUACAAUCAUACAUUGAUUAGAAAUAAAUUAACACUGCCAUAAAAGUUCGUGGAAACAGCUGCAAAACAUAGCUAAUAAGGUAUUUUAUAAUUGACUGUACCAGGCCACGAUAUCAUACAAUUGUACCGUCACGAUAACAUGGGAAAGUAAAAUGAUGACGUUUUCAACCGAUUAAAAAGAAAGAGGUUCUCAAUUAGGUUUUUUUUUUAUAUAUUUGUUACACCAUAACUCCGUCAAGUCUAAAUUGAUAUGGAAAAUUGAUUUUUCAUCUAAAAGGAUAUACUUGAAACCAGGUUACUUUUAUAGAAAUUUUACCAAAGUCGAUUCGAUAGUUUAAUUUUUAAAUCAAAAUUGGUUUUAGCCCAAUGGAAGUCAGUUUUUUUGUUUGUGGAACACAGUCUUAAUAAAUAUUUAUAUAGAUAAAUCAAUACUAUCUCCAAAUAAUUGCAGACACCUUUCUCUCCUAUUGUAUCGUGACGAGAGAAUCGUACUAUAUCGUGACGAGAGAUUCGUACUAUAUCGUGACGUGACACGGUAAAUUAUAAUUGUUCAAUAUUUGAUAUUUAUAGUAGUACUAAUUAUUAAUAGAAAUGUUUAUUUGAAUUUUGAAUAGGCCAAUUUAUUUUUUUGUAUUUUUUUUUUUUGUUUGCUAAUACGAUACUGUGAGAUUUUUUUUUACUGUUCGAAAUGGCGUACAGUUUGAAUGCAAGCAGUUGAGUGAUAAUGGAAUGGUAACCUCGCCUGCGCUAUCGGUAUACGCUGACGGGGCGCCAGUGAAGGGUGAUAGGCAGUGUGACUAUCUGCGACAGAUUCCUGCCAUUUUGGCAGAUUUCGCUCCUAAAUUUUGUCUGUGGCAAAUUAUGUUGAUGAUUUACAAAAGUGACAAAUUUUGGUAGAUUUAAUGGAUUCCAAGAAAAUGAAGUAUGGCAGAUUUUAGUAGAUUUUUUUACCCUGUCUGUGGCAGAUUCGUUAUUAAUGAAAUGGUCACACUGAUGAUAGGUGAGGCUGGGACAGACUCUAUAUCUAGAUAUCGGAUAGCGCCCAUCACUAUGGAAAGGAAUUGUGAAUACUGUAUAUAAAUAAAUAUGUAGGGUAGAAUAACCAAUUUGUAAAUAAAUUAUCUAGUUAGGUAGGGAAUUAAAAAUUUUUGGAAAAAGCCAAAAAAAAAGAUUUGUAAUAUAUAUAUAUAUACAUAAAUGUAAUUUAAUAAUUGUAUUUUGUGCCUUGGUAGUGAACAAAUUAAGUGUAUUAUCCAUUAAUUCAUUGAUAUUUUAAUAUUGUAUUGUUAAUUUAAUAGAAGCAUAUCUUUUUCGUCAUAGCAUAAUUUGUGUGGUAAAAUAAUUUUAGAUAAAAUACUAAAGAGUGUUCGUAGUUCAACUUAUUGAGGUAUGACGACACUUAUUUGUCAAUUUUCAAAACAACUAAAUUCAAAAUUUCCGAUUGAUUGUUUAAAAAUGGCUACUAGCUAACUUAAGCGAUAAUCAUAUAAUGUAAUAAAAUUUUUGUGUGUACUUCAUAUUUGACAGAUUUUUGUUUCGCUACAUUGAUAUUGUUUCUCGGAAUCUCGCUAGAUGGCUGAAUACUGUGUGUUUUAUUGUUGGGGAAAAAAAUAUGCAACGCUUAUUGUAAAUGAAUGGCUGGCCCAUUCUAUGCCCGCCUGGUCCUGCCACAUGGAGGUCUUUUUGAAUGAUCAAUCAAAAAAUAAUCUAUACUUAUAAUAAAUCUGUAGAGAGGCCAAUUCUGUACAUGAAAUAUAUUUCCAAAAUAACUAUCAGGCGGUGAUUAGUGAUCGAUACUGAUGCCAAAAAUGCAAUCAGUACAAUUUUUGUCUGUCUGUUUGUAUGUUCGUUAUAAAACAAAAACUACUCGAUGGAUUUUAACGAAACUUGGUAUAAUUAUUUUUCAUACUCCUGGGCAGGUUAUAGUAUACUUUUCGUCGCGCUACGAUCAAUAGGAGCAGAGCAGUGAAGGGAAAUGUUGGGAAAACGGGAGAAGUUACUCCAUUUUUAAGCUUCCGUCGCGUGUGCAGCCUUAAUGGCUUCUUUUUAAAAUGUAAAAAUGUCCAACCGUUCGACGCCGGGACAGACCGCUAGUUUUAAAUAAAUUAAAUUAUUUUGUCGAAAAUUGACUUUGUCACACUUCGUUAAGUUUCUGUAUGAACACUCUGAACACAGUCUAAAGAAUUCUACGCUGCCAGUAGUCCGACGGAUACGUCUGCACAGCGUGCGCCCCGAAUUAAGACCGUUCGGGACACGCCGAUGGCGUUGGACCACUGGUUGUUCUAUACACUGUGAUAUUAAAUAUGGCAGAGGCAUCUAUGUAGUGUCAGAUUUUUUUUUUGUUUUUAAUAACUCAUAUGUUUAAUUUUAACUAAAUAAUAUUAAGUUUUGUCUUUAACUGUACGCUUUUUACCCUUGAGUAGGUUUUUACUAAAUAACUAAAUCUCGGCAGGGAACUCAUUCCACAGCCUGAGCGUUUGCGGGAGGUAGUUCAUCUGAAACUGCUCUGUACGCGACCUUUUAGGUUCAAGCGUGUAAAGAUGAGUUCCCUGUCGAUGGCGAGAGGUGGAACAGUUUUUUUUUUUUUUUUUAACAAUAUGUCC